AUGUCGCAGUAUCAGGCCUACAAUCCUCAGGGCCCGGAUAGACGAUGCACUUACCAAGCGCCGCGAUUAUACGCAGCAUCCACAAACAUUGCGCCGCAAAGCAACUCUUCCUUUCCCUGCCCUCUUCCUCCUACAUACCGCCAUUCAAAUUCCUUCAGCGCAUACCCCAAUGGCUCUAUCCAUGGACCACCUUCAAUAAACAUGCGAGACCGCAGCAGCAUCCACCAGUUCCUCCCGGCAUCAUUACUCCCCGGAGGCGAGAUCACCCCCUCAUCGCAUCAAUCCUCUCCCUCUCUGUCCAUCAGCGGCCCGAUCGACGAACUAGUCCCGCAAACGCAUGAACGCAGCAACAGCUCCUCGUCACAUCCAAUGCAAUUACAACCAGGAGGUUCCGGUGCUCCACCGAGUCAUGAAGCUGCAUCCUCCCGUACUUCGCAGGAACUCCAUCUCCAUACAGGAACUACGUCCUUAUCCAGUCAGCAUUCUCCGUCGUCAGUUACCGGCGGGAGCCCUAGUCCCGUACAGCAUCCGUCUUCGCUCCAUCCUCGAGGAGAGAGUAUUUCCUCAUCCCGUCAGCACUCUCCGUCGCCGUCUUUCAGCAGUGCGUAUCCCGCCCCUCUGCAAAUUCGCCACCCCUCUACUUCGUCGUACCAGCAUUCUCCUGCGCCUUCAUUCAGUGGUGAUUAUCCGCCGUCUCAAGGACCGCCAUCGAACCUAUCACAGCAACAAUCAGAAGAACGCCUCUUGCAGGAGACAUUAGAAGGUGCCGCAAUCGCAGACGGCUCUGGCAUCAGGUUCUAUGCUGCGCCAGCACAUACUGCACAAGCGCCAGUGGAGGAUACUACAACUGUUCAUGGCCCCAACGGAAGGUCAUACACUGCUGCAUCAGCAACUCCAUCACCAGUAGAUACAACCCCUGAGCAGGAGCCAAUAGGGGAUUCCACAUCCAUGGAAGGACCGAACGCCAGAUCCUACACUGCACGGCCAGCAGCAGCGGACACACACCCUCAUGCAAUGGAGAAUACCACAACAGUUGACGGUCCCAACGCUAAAAUUUACAACGCACUACCGCCACCAACAACAGAGAUACACUCUGUACAAGCCCCAUUGAAUGAUUCUAUAGCUGUAAACAACCACCACGCACUAUCGCCACAAACAGACACAUACCCUGCACAAGCACCAAUAGAGAAUCCCACGACCGUGCACGACCUUAACAUUAGGUUCUACAACGCACUACCACCUCCAACAAUAGAGACAAACAAUCAAAAACAAAUGGAGGGUCCCAGAACUGUGAGAGGUCCCAACACCAGAAUUUACCACGCACUGCCACCACCAGAGAUACAUCCUACACAUAUGCCCACAGACAAUGGCACGGCUGCACAAGACUCAAACGCUAGAUACUUCAGUGCAGCAUCAGAUGGAUAUCCCCCUCCAAUAUAUACCACACUCCCGAAUUCCAAUACCCGGUACUACAGCACAGCACCAAAAGAAUACCACUACCCGGUGCCUGAUACAAGCUUAGACCCCAACACGAGGUUCUACGACACACCGGAUGCAUAUCCCCCACCCCCACGCAGCACAAAACCCACCCAACUGGCGCUAACGCAGAAAAUCAAAAAGUAA